AUGUUUAGAUCAGUAGGGAAGCAGGUGGAUGAUGAUGCUGUUGACAUGCAGUUUCUUUGCAAAUCAUGGAAUGAUAGGGGUUGGAAGAGAUCUCUGGAGAUCAAGUUCACUCCCACUGCCAAGGCAGAUGCACUUGAAGAAGGUCAUCCAGGUUUGGUAGUAAACUUGUCAGGUCAAGGAUUGCAAAAACUGGGUCCAGCCUUACCCUGUGACGCUGAUACUCACACUCUGAUUUUGGACAAAAACCAGAUAAUUAAAUUGGAACACUUGGAGAAAUGCAGGAAUCUGAUGCAGCUCUCUGUAGCCAACAAUCGCUUGGUGCGAAUGAUGGGUGUAGCGAAACUGACUAAGCUCCGGGUGCUAAACUUGCCUCAUAAUAGUAUUGGGUAUGUGGAAGGGCUGAAGGACUUGGUGCACCUGGAAUGGCUGAAUUUGGCAGGCAAUAACCUUAAGGCCAUUGAACAAAUCAGUUCCUGCCUGUCUCUCCAGCAUCUUGAUCUGUCAGACAAUAACAUAGCUCAAUUAGGUGAUCUCUCCAAGCUCACAUCGCUGAAGACUCUUUUGCUCCAUGGAAAUAUUAUAACUUCGCUUCGCACUGCACCUGUUUGCCUACCUCAGAAUCUGACUGUUUUUUCUUUGGCAGAAAAUGAAAUCAGAGACUUAAAUGAGGUUUCUUUCCUGGCCUCUCUUCAUCAGCUGGAACAGUUGUCAAUUAUGAACAAUCCUUGUGUGCUGGCUACACCUUCUAUCCCUGGCUUUGACUACAGGCCAUAUAUUGUCAGCUGGUGUCUGAACCUUAAGGUUCUUGAUGGAUACCUGAUAUCUCAGAAGGAAAGCUUGAAAGCAGAAUGGCUCUACAGUCAAGGUAAAGGAAGAUCAUAUCGGCCUGGACAGCAUGUUCAGCUAGUCCAAUAUUUGGCUACUGUUUGUCCUCUUAUAUCUACAUAUGGUCUCCAGACUGAAGAGGAUGCCAAACUGGAAAAAAUCCUGAGUAAGCAGAGACUCCACCAGAGGCAGCUGAUGCAUGAAAACCAAAAUGAAGGACCUCCCACAGCUUCUGCUCCCAACAAAACACCACCAGUUACUUAUGAACACAGCAGCCCAGCCCAGCCACCACAGAUAGUUCUUGAAAGUGAACCUAUUAUCAAGAAGAAUUCUUGGGUUGGACCAAGUGCCAAUGAUGAUCAUUCCUAUGCAGCUAAGAACUCUUUUUUUCCUGAAAGAAGUUUUCAAAAGGACUUACACCUUGAAGAUAUACAGACAGAUGAAGACAAACUAAACAGCAGCCUUUUAUGCUCAGAGUCUACUUUCAUGCCAGUUGCUUCAAGAUUGUCUUCGGUAUCUCCUACUUCAGAUCUGAAGCUCCAUGGAAUCAAUUUGGGCCUAGAAGAUGAUGAUACAGUGGUCAAAUGUGUGAGGGAUACUAAUAGUGGAGAAACAGCUAACAAACAAGAAGCUUCAGGUGUUGCAAGAGAGCAUUCAAACAGAGUAGUGAGAAAUGUGGAACCUCAAGAGAAUAUCAAAGAGAGUAUGUCAUUGCCACCUUCCAAUCCAGUGACAGCUAGCCUGACUAGCAGCUGUUCAGUGUCCUCUGAAGACCAAAUUCUGUGUAGUCACCCCAGUGCCUCAGUAGGUGCUGAUUUGGGACCAACAACUUGCUGUCCUGAUCAGAAGAAAGGAGAAAGUUCUUCUUCAUUAGCUGGUGUUGAUCAAGGCACAGCUGAAGCACAAAGAAUGAAUAAGGCAGCUACCAAGCUUCAAGCCUGCUGGAGAGGAUUUUACACAAGGAACUACCACCCCCGAGCUAAGGAGGUGCGGUACGAGAUUCGGCUGAAAAGAAUGCAGGAGCACAUCAUCUGCUUAAACAAUGAGCUAGAGAAAUUAAGAAAAGAAAGAGAGGAAGAUAAGAUUCAGAGGCUGGUGCAGGAGGAAGCUGUCAGAUUUCUUUGGAACCAGGUUCAAUCCCUUCAACAAUGGCAGCUGUCAGUGACACAAAAUUUAGGUGCCAGUUGGCAACCUGGAAUCCCUUCAGGCAGUGUUUUCUGUCCAUCUGAACCAUCUGUUCGAUCAUCCACCCUUGAGCAAAAAAACCCAGCAGAUGUUAGUUCUGCUUGGUUAGCUCCAUCUAGUGAUGUUCUUCAGGAAAAGUCUUUGUUGCAGUACCCAGAUUCUGGUUUUCAUUCUUCCAUGGCUGAUCAGACUCAUGCUGGUGACUUGAGUAGCUCUGAAAAGAGCUUAGUGGAAGGAACCGAGAGCUCUCUUUCAGUGGACACUGUCAAACAGUGUGACAAUUCUCUUUCAGCAGAUUCUUCUGAUAUAGAGGAUGGCCACGGGGAAUGUGGGCAGAGUAAAGAGAGCUCUAGCAAUGAUCAGGACAACAGUCUAAUACAGCAGUAUUUGGAAUCUGUUCAGCAGCUGGAGGAGGCUGAAGAAAGGACAAACUGCAAUGAUGAAACUGAGGGCAACUGGCCACAAAUUGCUGUUUCAGCAGGAAGCCGAGCUACUUCAUCUGAUGGUGUCCCUGUAGAUCUCCCUCAAGACACAUCUUCCCCUGCCCGAGGUGAAAUCAGCCAGACAGCAGAAAGCUGCAAACUGAAUUCAGGAAUAGUAGAAGGGAAGCAGGCAGACUGUGAUUCUUCAUUCCAGGUGCUGCAUGUUGGGAUAGCUGUAUAACAGGCUCAAAAGACGAGGGAUUCCCUUCCACUUUCCUUUCUCUUUCUUUUGCCCCUCGGUACAAAACUUACUUUUCAUGGGUGCUGUUGCAGAUUUGUGACUCAUGUUACCAAUUUAUGUUUCAAUUAGUGUUUUACUGAUGUUGCUGAGGACUGAGACUAACUCUGCUAACCUGAAAUCAGCAAAGCUCUCAGUGACAGUCAUUAUGCACUUUAUUUUCCUACGUAAAUCUGAUAUCCUAAUAACAGGCUUCCUUUAAAUUUAUUGGAGGUGUUGGGGAAGGUGAUGAUGUUUUCUGUAAAAUUCACUUUGGUGAAUGUGUUACUAAGUCUUUUAAGUUGUUUUUGUUUUCUCUAAAAAGCAGAGUUCUUGCUUUGCAAAGAGAAGGGAACACCGUGGGAAGAAACGGAGUCAGUACAGGUAGUGUAUAUGUGUAGGGAUACAGCCCGAUGAGAAAUACGAAAGCAAGUUGCCUUUCAGACUUCUUCUGACUUCAACAAGAGUAGCUUGGUCAGUAUUUCAAAGAAGCAUUCCAUUAAACAAAUAUCCAAGUCAGUGGCUUCUUUUUCUGUCAUUUACUUGAAGCUGCUGGCCAGGAAUGACCUAAUUUACACAUGUCCUGAAACAAGGACUUACAGGAGUGAGACCAUGAGGAGCUUGAAACAGACUUUAACCUUUGUUUGCCCUGGGGUUGAACUUCCCUAUUUACUCAGGUAAGGCUCACAGUGGAACCAGUAGCAGCCUUUACUAAAAUAAGAAUUUCAAAAGGGCAUGUCAUUUGUGAA